GACAGGUGAAACCACAAUUGAGAAAGGAACAUGAAGCAGAUGUUGAAGACAGUACUCUUGGCUGUAUUUCUGGCAGGUGCCAUUACAGGCAUUGCAGCCGAUAAAAAAGUCUUUUGCUACUAUGGUAGCUGGGCCGCGUAUCGUCCUGGACUCGGCGCAUGCGAACCGUCCCACAUAAAUCCAGCUUUGUGUACACAUAUGAUUUAUACUUUCGUCGGUAUCACCACCAAUGGCGACGUACAAGUACUGGACAGCUGGCUGGAUCUGCCAAACGGUAGAGACGGUUUCGGAAAGUUUACCAGGCUCCGCCAAUCUAGCCCAGGCACGAAAGCUAUGAUAGCGAUAGGCGGAUGGAACGAGGGAUCCGCCAAGUACUCUCAAGUCGCGGCAAACCCACAACUCCGUGCUCGAUUUGCCCAAAACGUCGUUAACUUCCUGAGGACGUACAAUUUCGACGGUUUCGACGUCGACUGGGAGUAUCCCAACCAACGAGGCGGAAAUCCAUCCGACAAGUUGAAUUUUAUCCUCUUGCUAAAGGAACUGAAGGAGGCCUUUAAUAAACACGGCUACAUCCUCAGCGUAGCCGUAGGUGCUGCCGAAUCUUUGGCUUCUAAGUCGUACCAUAUUGCCAAUGUGUCGCAAAACGUAGAUUUUAUUAAUCUGAUGACGUACGACUACCAUGGAUCGUGGGACUCGGUCACCGGGACGAACGCUCCGUUAUAUGCUUUAUCGAGCGAACAAGGAAACCAAAUCAUGUCCAACGUGAACGCAUCUGUCCAAUAUUGGUUAUCGGAAGGGGCGUCAGCGGAUAAGCUCAUUCUCGGUGUUCCUUCUUAUGGAAGAUCGUUUACUUUGGCGAAUCCAGGAAACAAUGGUGUAGGUGCCCCGGCUUCUGGUCCCGGAAAUAGCGGACCCUACACACAAGCAACAGGAAUGCUUGGCUACAAUGAGAUCUGCGAGAAACUUCGUCAGGGAUGGACCGUGCGGCGCGAAGAACAACAACGUGUACCUUAUGCCUUCAGUGGUAAUCAAUGGGUCGGAUACGAUGACCCAACAUCUAUUGCAGAGAAGGCCAAUUACGUCUUAUCUAAUGGUCUCGGCGGUGUAAUGAUGUGGAGCAUUGAAACUGAUGACUUCCGUGGAACUUGUGGUGACAAGUAUCCACUUCUGAGUACGAUAAAUAAAAUAUUGCGGGGAAACGUUCCAAAUCAAUCUUCUCCGCAAACUUAGGAAACAACUCCACCGCCUGCAACUCCGUCACCAGGGAUCGUAUAAUUUAUCCUGCACAGCUCGCUUCCCGUCUUUUUCGCCUGUAUUUCUAUCCCCAAUACUAUUCUCCUCAUGCGCCUUCGCUGACCAUGCCUAGCAUACCUCCAUCAA